AUGCCCAGAAACGCACUGUGCGCACCGCACCGGCCCGGCCCGGGUCCCGAGUCCCAGCGGCUGCUCCGGGGUCUGCCUCGGGCGCUCCCUGCAGCCGCCCACCGUCAUUUCAGUCCCGGGCCCAGAGAAACAAACUCGGGAUCACACGCUGCGGCCGCGGAGCAGAGCGGCGCUUCCUCCCGGGCUCGGGCGCCGCGGAAAGUGCGCAACCGGCACGGAGAUGCCGAGACCCCGAUAAGGCGAGAAGCGAACCGGACCGGACCGCGCCCGGCGCCGGCUUCCCGCGGGACCCGCGCGGCGGCCCUCGGGGCUCGCGGACAGCGGCAAGGGCGGAAAUUUCGCACUUUCCACGCCGAGAGGUCUCGCUCGCAGGAGGAAGUACCGAGAACUUGCAGAGAGGGGCUCGGCGGCGGCGGCGGCCACCCGCCGCACGACCCGCGCCGCGCGGUCCACUCGGGCUCCUUUAUUGACACCGAACAAACACGCCCGAGCGCGGCCCGGCCCGAGGCCCGGCGGCAGCGGCCCCGCGGACGGGCCGCCGCCGUGGGCCGGGCGUCCGGAGGGAGCCGGGGCCUCCCCCGCCGCCCGAGCCGCUCCGCGGGGAGAGGAGGAGACACAACGGCGGCGCGCCGCCCCGCGCAGCGCCCCCCGCCCGCGCCGCCCCGCCGACCCCCCAACCGCCCCGGCGACGGCGGCGACACAGAGCCCGGCGCGGGGAGCAAUGGUGGCCCCCGCCCUCCACCCCCCGCCUCGGCUCCUCCCCCUCGGCCUCCUGCCGCCGCCGCCAGGACACUCGAGGCCGCCUCCCCCACCCCGCCCGCCGAGCGCUCCUCCCCUGCCCGCGCGGCGGGGGGCGGGGGGCGGCCCGCCAGGCCCCGGCGCGCCUGUCAAACCCGGCCCGGCUAUUUAUACCCGCGGGCCGGCCGCGCUCGCCCGCCGCGCGCGCCCCGGGGCCGCCAACUUCUCCCCCGCGCGCGCCGGCAGGUGAGGACCCGGCGCCGCUCGUCCCGCUCCGGCUCGGGGCGCCCCCAUCGCGCCGGCGGCGGGGCCCGGGGCGCGCGGGGGGCGGCGGGGCCGCGGGUGCACCUGCAGCGCCCAAAUUACCACCCGCCCAACGGCCGGGCGGCGCGGCGGUUGGUGCCCACGUUGGCGGAGGGUCGGGCGGCGGGGCCCAGCGCGCAGCUGCGGAGCGCGGCGGGCCGGCCCGUGCGCUGCCCCGGGAGCCGCGGCUGCCCCCGGCGCCCCCCGCGCGCCCGGGAACUCCGGCCCGGCCGCCGUGCGGGCGCGGUGCGGGAGCGCGCGGGCGCCGGCGCCGAGACGCAGGAGCGUCCCGGGGCCGCCCGCCUCGGGUCUCGCCGCUCGCACACAAAGGGGAAGCCCCGAGCCGGGCAGGGGCACAAAAGCCGCGGACCCGGUGCCCACGGCCCGCCGCGCUCCGAGCGUCUCCUGCCGGCGCCCCCCGCGCCCCGCGAGGUCCCCUUGCCCCACACGGCCCCGCCGCCGCGCGUGGUCGCCGGUUCCCUUAACAAAGAGCCGCGGCGGGUCCCGGGGCGCGGGGACACGCGGGGGGCCCCGCGCCGGGGUCUGCGCGCCCGCCUCGCGCUCGUCCGGCCGCCCCCGCACCGCCGGGCUGCGGCCGCGCGGCCGCCGCGGGACUCGGGGCUGCGGCGGAAAACUCUCUCCCCGCACGCAGUGCUCCCCUCCAGCGGGCCCCCGGGGCUGAAGCCACCAGACAGUCUGGAAGAUAAAAGAGCCGGGGCCAGGCGGUCAUUAGAAUGUGAAAGCCGGGCCGAGCAGAACCGGAGGAACGGGAAGUUCGCAGGACGGCGUGAAUGGGGCGUGAAAGCGCGCGGCCCGGGAGGCUGCGCCGACUGGGGGCCCCGCGCGCGCCCCGCCCGCCCCGGCCGCAAGGCCUCGACCCCCGCCGGCGCGGGUGGCCGGCGCUGCUGGGGGAGAUAA